AAUUAGACAUGUUUUAAAGCUAGGUUGAGUCUCCAAUUCUCGACGUUCCAACCCUCGAGAGUGGGAGAGAGAUGAAAUCAGCAGAAAACUACUAUUCCAAGGAUUUCGAAUGGGAGCAACUGAAGCAAGACGUAGAGAACGACCCGUCUCUUCUCUAUCACUUCACCCCUUACACUAACCCCGCCACUGGAACCCAGGAUCUUGAUCCUCCUCCUCCUUCUUCUUCUUCUUUGCCAAAACAAGAUUCUGAAGCUUGGAAUAAGUUUCAUACCCGUCAUUCUACCGGAAAAUUCUUUAAGGAGAGGCGCUAUUUGCUCAAGGAAUUUCCUGAAAUAGCCUCUUGCGAUAAAUACUCUAUAGUCUUGGAAGUGGGGUGUGGUAAUGGCAGUACUGCUCUCCCAAUUUUACGCGGAAAUGAGGGCAUAUUUCUUUAUGGAUGCGACUGUAGCGGUGAAGCUGUUCAGAGGACUAAAGAGAAUAUAAAUGCUGCUAAUUUGGCAUCAGCAGAUCAUCGCUUCUACCUAUUCCAAUGUGAUUUUUCUGCAAGCAGGUUUCCUCGGUGGUUGAUCUGUAAUUCUUGUCGAGAAAGUUCAUUACCCGAGCGACGUGCUUGGUCGCCAGAUUCAAAUUGCAAUUGGAAGAGAUAUUUUCCAGAUCCGUCAUGCUUAGUGGGGAAUUCUUGUUGCAUGGGUGGCGUAGAUUUCCUUACCUUAGUAUGUGCAAUCUCGGUUUACAAUUCAAUUAAGAGUUUCACAAGGAAAUUGCUAAAUUUUGAGUAUUUCUUGGUAUAUGCUAACAUGCAGAUAUUUACUCUAUCGGCCUUGCCUAUACAUAGGAUGCCGAUUGCCAUCCACGAGUGCCUCUCUGUUUUGAGACCGGGAGGCUUGCUCUUAUUCAGGGACUACGGCCUCUAUGAUAUGACCAUGCUCCGGUUUGAACCAGAACAAAGAGUGGGAUUCAGGGAAUAUAUGCGGUGUGAUGGAACCCGUUCUUAUUUCUUUUGUUUGGAGAGCGUCAGGGAUUUAUUCUGCAGUGCAGGCUUCGUUGAGGUCGAGCUCGAGUAUUGUUGUGUCAAGUCAGUGAAUCGACGAAACGGGAAGAGCAUGAAAAGAGUGUGGGUUCAUGGGAAGUUUCAGAAGCCAUGAUUCAGAUUUCUUGUUGAAGGAACUGUAGCCAUAAUGUUGCUGUAGUAAAUUAAAGAUGAAACUUCAUGACCAGUACAGAUUAAGAAUCUUUUAGAUUUUGAUGAGUGGUACAGAUUCGCAGGAUUUUAAAUUUUAAGGUUUAGAUUGCCUUCCUAGAUUAAGGUUUCUCAGUUUUAUUCUUCUUUGUUUCCUUUGAGAAGCUUAAGUUAGCAAACAUGCAAAUAGCCAAACACUACCUAAAUUGAUGGCUAGGCAACAACAGUUGUUCUAAGAAAAAUGCUUGCUGCAUUCAAGUGAGGAUAAAUAAGUAAUUUUACAUUUA